GCAAGAGGCAGCCCCUCCUCCACCUCCACCCAUCGUCAUCAACAAGUAUUCAGACGAGCAGCUCAGAGCCAUAGUGAAGCUGAUGAGAGAGAGACUGCAGAUCUACAAGGACAAAUUGACUGAUCCGCAUGCUUCUUCCCCAGAGAUCACCCCUCCUGUCACACCUUUGCUGCGUAAAGACCACUAUGCGCAAGUCAUAGAGGAGAGGAAAAAGCAAGCAGAGGAGGACCGGAUCAAGAAGGAAGAAGCUGAGAAGAAGAUGAAAGAGGAGCAGGAGAAGAAGAAGAAAGAGGCCGAGCAGAAGAAGAAAGAGGAGGAGGAGAAAAAGAAAGCAGAGGCUAAAGAGGAGAAGAAGGAGGAGAAAGACAUUAAGACCAGGUUAAAAGAAGCUGCUUGGUAUUCGGUGGAUGUUGUGAUUGAGCCCAUUGAGCAUCAGCUGGACUCAGUGCUAGGAAACACCAUCGACCCUUUCACUGACCGCCGCUACAUCGCCUGGCUGAGCUUGGUGACUCUGGCCUUCAACUACAACACCUGGUUCGUCACGGCCCGUCUGUGCUUCCCAUAUCACACUGAGAGCGCCAUCCCGUACUGGUUCGCCGUGGAUUUGCUGGCCGACAUCAUCUACCUCACAGAUUCCAUCAUCUUCCAGUCCCGCAAGCAGUUUGUCAAAGGAGGAGACAUCAUAAAAGACAGAGUGCUGACAAAGCAGACUUACAGAGAUUCGGAGAGAUUCAGGAUGGACAUUAUGUCCCUCAUACCAUUCGACUUGCUGUACUUCCAGUUUGGAUUCAAAUCCAUUUUUAGAGCCAAUCGCCUGCUGAAGGCAGAUACAUUUUUUGAGUUCAGCGAUCGUCUAGAGAGCAUCAUGGCCAAGGCUUACAUCUGGAGAGUGAUUCGGACCAUUGGCUAUCUUCUCUUCAUGCUCCACAUCAACGCCUGCCUCUACUAUGUGGCUUCAGAGUACCAGGGCAUCGGGCAAACUAAAUGGGUCUACUCCGGUCUGGGCAGUGC